UUAAGCUGAACCUAACCAGACCAAGAUGGGAAUCGUCACAUCUCCCUCUCUCUCUCUCUCUCUCUCUCUCUCUCUCGUCCAAGUUCUUCUCUCUAUUCCUCGAUACGUCACCUCCGCCUGCGGGAGGUUGUUCCCGUUGUCGUCGCCAUCGCAAGGCUCCUCCGUUCUGUAAUUUGUGUUUUUCUGGACUCGGCUGACAAGGAUGGGGAGAGUUGUGCCGUCCUCCCUUCCCGCUAUGGGGGAGAGACCGGCGCUUGCGCUUCUUCUCCGCCUCCGCGUCGCUGCGCUGUGCGCGUACUUGAUCGCGGUAGCGUGGCCCGUUUACGGCUACCCAGAGAGGAGGCCGAUGAUGGGGUCGAGCACGAGCCCAGGCAGCUACGCCUGGAUGCCGGCGCGUGCUGUGGGAGAUGGAAGACCCAACGGCGUCAGUGACGGCAGCGAGUUCUACUGCUUCCGCGACUUCAAGAGGUGCAGGAGCGGCAUCAAGGAAUGCAUCAAGCCGGAGCGGGAAUGCGACGGGGUCAAGGACUGCGAAGACGGGUCGGAUGAGGGGCAGUUCUGCAAGUCGUUCGACUGCACCAAGACGGGACGGUACAUCUGUCCGAGCGGGAAGAUGUGCAUGAACGUCUCGGACUCGUAUGGCAGCUGGAGGUAUUCCCACAGGGAUCCGUACACCGCAUACUUGUGCGACGGCGUGARGGACUGCGCGGACGSGUCCGACGAAGACRAGAAGUUCUGCGCWUCGUUCGACUGCAACGGSAAUGUGCSGCACAAGAAGGUGSCCAURACGCUCGAGUGGGAGAAGUCGACCAACCGCAGAGUGCGAUGUCCAGGCGGAAAGGGUGGGUGUCUGUACGAGACGCAGCUGUGCGACGGAACUGUCAACUGCGUUAAUGCCGCGGGCAGCGACGAGAGCGAAGCGCUCUGCAAGAAGCAAGGGUGCUCUUCCGCCUCGCUCUCUGAUCUGUUUCAGUGUCGGACGGGCAGGUGCAUCCCGCGCGCCCGGAUGUGCGACGGCAAGAAGGAUUGCCCCGACGGUGACGACGAGGGGGACUUUUGUGCGAAGAUUAACUGUCCAAACGGCGGCAUCAAGUGCAGCGAUGCAAAGAAUCGAACGUGCAUCCAGCUGCCUCAGCUGUGCGACGGAGUGCUAGACUGUCCCGGUGGGACGGAUGAGGCCGGCUGUGCGACGAAAGAGUGCAAGGACGGGAAAACUCUUUGCCCAAGUGGGAAAGUGUGUGCCUAUCAUACUCCGUGCGACGGUGUGAAAGAUUGCGGAGACGGAUCCGACGAGGAUCCCGCGUUCUGUAGCCACUUCAAUUGCUCGGCUGAUGAGCGAAUCAAGUGCGAGGACGGCCUGCAGUGUAUCUAUCCGUCAGAUAUGUGCAACGGCCGAAGGGACUGCCAUGACCUGUCGGACGAGAACCCAGCGUCGUGCCGCACGUAUAACUGCUCCCUGUGGGGCGAGCGUACCAUUAAGUGCCCGGGGGGGGAGUACGUCUGGUGCACCAUUGGCAGCUACCUGUGCGAUGGUUAUCACAACGAGUGCUACGCCGACAAGGACGAAGACCCCAAGUUCUGUGCUUCGAACGAGGCACGGGACAUCCUCGCAGAGUACAGCAAAAUUGUCUGCAGCAAUAACAUGACCAAUUACAUUUACGGUGACUACUGCGACGGGAUCAAGAACUGUGCGGAUGGGAGCGAUGAAAGGGAGAGCUUUUGCAAAGUGUACAAGUGUCCGAAAAACCGAGUCAGGUGUUACGGCAAGUGGUGCGUGCGCGGAGCGAAAUGUGACGGCAACUGGGACUGCCCCGAUGGGUCCGACGAACUGAACUGCUAGCCCCGCAAGCCAAGAUCGAAGACCACGACCCGCGUCCCUCCUGAACUUGGAGUCUUUUUGGUUUAGUCUGUCUAAACCUCUAAAGCCUAUCUAGCUUAGCAUAUUGUAUGGCUUCUCUCUAUAUCUCUUUCAGCAUAAUUUCAACUUGUUCUGGCAGCGAGGUCGUUGUGUGAGCCUUCGCUCUGAGUACUUACUGUCUGUGGGAUAGAUCGCUGAUUGGCUGGCUGCCUUCGAGAACUCUACAAUGUCUUCAUCGCACACAUGUGGGUAGCGGUUGGCUUCGAUCGUACUUCCUGUAACUGGCAUUAAUUUGUCCACUGUUUGGGUACUUUCUCCGCGGGUGUAAUCUACAGUCAGCAGUAAUUCGGGCUGCAUUCAACGUUGUUUCUUCACCGAAGAAUGAAGAAGAAUGAAGAAUGGCGCGCAUUCCAAAUCGAGUUCUAUGCUGGUUGUGGGGACUCGGGAGUGGUUCUGACGAUCUGCAUCUCACGAACUAUGUGCUGGAGGAGGUCGGCUCGUCGUGGGAUGGAGAUGGCACGUUAGUGAUCUGUUAUGAGUUUCUGGGAGCUGGCUUUCUAUUCGUCUUCCCUUAGGGAACUAUGUGGUGGAGGAGGUCCGCUCGUCGCUAGCGGAGGAAGAGUAGAGGGGGUGCUUGUAGGGAUGUGUGACAACGGGAUAGAUCAGAAUAGAGGAGAGUUCUCCUCUUCCGAGUAAUUGAGGCAAGUCUCAGAUUGCACCUGAUCGGAUAAAAAAAAUAAAUCUGAAUUAGUAGU